ACUCACACUAAUUGCAGCUCAUUCGAUGUCAGUACGGAUUUGAUAUCCAUCGUCUAUUUUUGUCUCCAUCAAAAACUAUAAGUUGUUUUUUCCGACUUUGAAUUUUUUUAUCCCACUGUAUUAAUGGCCAAUAGACCUAUUUCAACGUUCGUUGAACCUCCAGACGGCGGUUGGGGAUGGAUGGUGGUAUUUGCUUCCUUCAGUUGCAGCGUUAUAGUAGAUGGAAUUAUCUUUUCCUCUGGGAUAUUUUUAAUGGAAUUUUCUAUAACAUUCGACGAAAGUAAAGGAAGGACGGCUUGGAUUGGCUCUUUACUUGCAGGUUUUUAUCUUCUAGCAGGACCGGUUGUUAGCGCGUUGGCUAACACUUAUGGUUGUCGUCCUGUUACUAUAGCCGGAAGUAUAUUAUCCUCUAUAGCAUUCAUCCUUUGUUUUUUUGCCGAAACUCUUCUACAUAUCUGCCUUUGUUUCGGUAUAGUGGGAGGCAUUGGUUUUGGAUUCAUCUAUCUUCCCGCCAUCGUAACAGUCGGAUAUUAUUUCGAAACAAAAAGAGCAUUUGCUACAGGUAUUGCAGUAUGUGGUUCGGGAGUGGGUGCCUUUAUAAUGCCUCCACUUGUCAAUUACUUAAACGAAACAUACGGAUGGCGUGGUUCUCUUCUUCUGUUAUCAUCAAUUAUCAUGCAUUGCUGCGUAUUCGGAUCUCUGUUUCGACCUUUAGUGCCGAAUGAAGAUAAUUCUUCCGAAUCGAAAGAAGAUAUACCAAAUUUUGAUAAAUUCUCCAAACGUCAAUCGUCUAAAAGUUCAUUCAAAUUAAGAGCGCCUUACUUGCUUAAUAUAAGAUUGAAACGUUCUUCGGAUGGUAGAGCUACGAGUCUUUCGUUCACACCAGAUAACAGAGACUUAUCGAGAAGACGUCAUUCUAGCGCUUUCCCACCGAGAAGAGAAGAUUUUAUGAGACCAUUUGACCGCCAAGAUGUUCUUUUUAGUGCUAGUGUGAUGCGACUUAGAGAAUAUCGAUCUCAAUCCGAUCUAGAACAGUUCCAUAAAAGCAUUACAAGAAUACCCGAAGCCUGCGAUGCUACAAGUUCCACAGUAAUGACAGAUACAUUCCGACAACUGUUAGACACUUCUUUAUUAAAAAGUCCCACCUUCCUUGUUUUGGCCAUUUCCGGAUUUCUUACUCUUGCUGGAUUCUUCAUACCGUUUGUAUACAUAGUCGAUAGAGCUGUUUUAAUAGGAAUAUCUCCACAGGAUGCUACUUUUUUGUUAUCGGUUAUUGGCAUAACAAACACUGUGGCUAGAGUAUUCUGUGGAUGGAUUUCCGACAAACCUCAAGUCAGUUCUCUGAUAAUUAAUAACUGCGCUUUGACAAUUGGAGGUUUGGCUACGGCACUUAGCCCUUUCUUAAAUACUUAUACCCAUUUAGUCAUCUACGGUGCGAUUUUUGGAUUUUCUAUAGCUUGUUUUGCUGCUCUAAGAUCGGUGAUAACCGUGGAAUUAUUGGGACUGGAAAAAUUAACAAAUGCUUUCGGUUUGAUCCUUUUAUUUCAAGGUGUAGCAACUAUGGUCGGAUCGCCCAUUGCAGGUUGGUUUUUUGAUGUAACCGGAAGCUACGAUACUUCGUUUUAUAUCGCAGGAAGCGUGAUAGCUGUUUCUGGCCUCAUGUGUUUCUUUUUACCGUGUAUUGCUAGAUGGGAGAAAGCAAGGAAUAAUUGUUAGCUUGUAAUAUAGUAUUUUAAGACAAUGGUAGACUUGAAUUCUUCUGCAAUAUUUUGCAGAUAAGUUUGAUAUAUUAUUUACCAAAUUAGAGUUUGUAUGGUGGAUAUACAAAUUUAUUACCUGAAAUUUAAAGGAUAACAUAAGACUAGAAUAAUCAUAAUUGCUUCAGUGGAUGUCCCUAUUACACGUUUACAUUUUGUAUUAUAUGUUUUUAUUCUGAUUUUACAAAAUAUUUUUAUUUAUUACUCAAAAAUAUACGUAUAUUUUAGUUUGUUCUAUUACAGUAUACGCUAUAAAAUGGAUAUGUUAGUUUAUA